AUGGAUGGAAACCAGGAAAAUGCCAAUAAAAAAGCACUUCAAUUAAUUAGACAUUUGGAGUUUUUGCAGUAUUCUUUUUUUGACGGUCGGCCAGAAUGGACAACCAUAAAAAAGGAUGAUUUAAAAUUGUUUAUGGCAUACACAUAUUAUGACUAUCCAUUAAAUGAUGAACAUAAUAAUGAUUUAAAAGAUAUUGAUGGUGAAAACCUUAAUGAUAUAUUUAUGUUAUAUAAUAAUGAAGUUCAAAAAAGCAUCUUGACUAUCGUUAAGAAAAUAGAGAAAUUUAUUCCUAAUGAUCAAAGUUGUAGUUUGGAAGUAGGAGUAACUAUAACAUAUAGUAUUUGUAAAAAAAAGUGCAAAUUGCUUGAUACUACUAAUGCCUGUUGUAUUUCUCCUGACAAGGAUAUUAUACAUCAAUGGAAAUUAAUCCGAAUAAAGGUAAAUAGUCAAGUUCUUUUUGUGGAUUUUAUAGCCGGGAGAACAUACAAAAAUUGGGAUGAUUAUAUGGAAAAUAAUACACUUCCUGAAGGAAAUAUAUUCUACCCAAAAUCAGGGGUUUAUGAUGAAACAAAUUCUUUAAUACCAUUUACAACACCGGCUUCUAGAAAAGGCAAACAAAUUUUAAAAAAUGUUGACUUAUCCAUGCGAUUAGCAAAUGCUGUUGGCGGUGCAUCAUUAAUGUAUGGUUUGUUAAAUCCAAUGACAGCACCUUUAGUGAUACUUUCUGCAGCAUCAAUUGGAUCUUCUUCUAUAUGGGAAGCAGGAAGGGAGAUUCAAAAUCUUAUAGACAUUUAUCGACACAAACAAUGCUUAACAGUAUCACAGUUAUGUAAAGAAUGGGUUAAAUUAUCUCUUACAAUAACUGGUGCAGUAACAGCAUUAUUACCAGUAAAGGCUAUAGCUUCAGUAUCUACAGAAGUCAAAGUGAUAACUAAUGCAUCAAGACUGGGAAAGUCUAUGGAUCUUUUACAAAAAGGUGUUAGUAUUACCCGAUAUUCAUUAGAAAUCAUCCAUACCACCCUGAAUAUCAUGGAUAAAAAAUCUAAACUAAGAUGGGAAGAUGCCUUAUCACUCAGUUUGGAUUUGUUCAUUAUUACAGGAUCACUAGCUCCUAUAAAAGAUAUUAAGAAUAUUAUGAUUGGCAUGUCAUCAGAAGCCGUGUGGUUACCGAUUUUCAAAACCAUGGAGACAUUUCCUUACUAUCUGAGUCAACACUUUUGGAAAUCCGUUUACUUUUUCAAAAUGCACUUUGACGUUUUCACAGAGCGAGUAGUGAUGUUUCGCAUGGGUAAACUUACGCUGGACAAUCUGUUGUUCGCAUGGCAGAAGAUCUACCACCUGAUGAACGUCUACCAGAAACAAUUGGCUGCACUAGACAACAGCGACCUGUUGCGACACGUCGUAGACUGCGUCGUGGCAGAUGAGAGAGUGAAGUAUGUGCUGCGUAGCCAGCACAUUUUAAAGCUGCUGGAUGGUUUGCACAGGGAAGCGGUGAAGAGGUCUGGAACCCACCGGGCCCUGGCUAAGUAUUGCGUGGAUCGCAUCAUGCAGGAAGCGAAGAAGUUGUCCUCGCUGCACGACGACUCUUUGGUCGAAUCAGCCAGGUUGGGUGAGAUGCGCUCAAAGGUGAACGAGGAGUUUUGCAAGAUGUUCGGGCUGGACAAUUGUUCCAUGGACCAGUAUGUCAAGUGGGCCAUUUUCGAGGUUGGCCGUGACCCGGCAGCUCUGUUGGCUGAGUACAAGGAGCACACUUUGCUCCCAGAAAACAAGUAUGAUGACCAACUGUUGUACAGCGACACACUUAGCACUGACCGGUUGGUCAAGGCGUACUCGUUGUUGGCGCCAUGUCAUGCGCUGGACAUAGAAAGCUGUGUGGGGUUUGCUAACAUGCUCUAUCCACAGCCGCAUGGGUACCGAAAUCACGAAUUUGUGCAGUCCCCCGAUGAAAACAUAUCCUUUCUCGUGUUAUCAGGCGAGAUUGUGUUCUUUGGCGUCGAACUGUUCGACGGGGAGCCCAAGAUGAAUGUCUGCUUUUACAGUUGA